CAAUCAUCGACUUUGAAUGUUUCGUGAUUAACACGUUGGGACCCGCUGCAAGGAGAACCAGGGAUUGGAAUGAUACUUCUGAAGAGAAUUGCCACCAUCAUCAGCAUCUCAAAUGAAACAGAUGGGACACAGGGUAACUGUGGCAUCGAUUUAUGCAUUUGAUUAAAUCAUCACAUUUUUGCCGAUCAUGCCAAUUAUGCUGUGAAAUGGUCACUGUGUGCCAGGAUCCUUUUUGAUUGGGGAAAUAUAUAGCCUGACUGAUAUCCGAAAUAGAUUAUUAUAGCAGUUAUGCUAUUGACAAUAUUCAACAAAGUGGAUAAAAUUACCACACGAUUUGGCGCUGCUGAUGCUGCCUUUUGCAUCAGUUCGAUGUUGCCUGAGUUUGGGCACUGUGCCAGAUAGGGGAAAUACACUGGAUGUGUGCAUUAGAAGACUAUGGUGUUUUAGCGCGUGUUGAAUUCUGUUAGCAUAUACAUUUAUGGGAAUGUGCGAAAAAAUGUCUGAAGCUCAUCUACAGUGUGGUUGUUGCGAAGCACUCCGGGGCUCAAGCUGGGCUCGACAUUGAUAGACUAACCUACGUUUGUAGCUGAAGAGGAGACAAGCAAGCUGAUUAAUGCUUUACCACCCUGCCUAUCAAUCAAGCUGUAUCAAAAACAUAUAGCAAGCGUCUUCCUCGCCACCACGAUCUUUCCGGAUGUCUCUGCAAGACUAGGCAAGUCAGUCAAGUGAGGAAUCUGUUGCGCUCGCCGUCCGUGGAGAGCGCGGUUCGAGAGGUAGCCUACCGGAGCCCGUGGAGCUGCGCCCCUUGAUCAGCCUACGAGGACGACACUAUGUACCAGCUCCCCGCUGAUGAUGAUGGGAGGAAUCAAUGUUCUCACUAGAAACCUCUUGAGACUAAGCGAACUCUGAGGAGCUCUGCCUGGGCUGCAACAGGACCAGACAGGAGAAAAGAGACCGAGACAGAGCAGACGCUGACUGCGUGCGCCAGGUUGGGCCUGGGUUCUUGCCUGCGCCUGUGGCUCUGGACAGAUAAGACAAACCUCCCCUCUUUGGGCAUUUGUCUGGACAGGUACAUCUUAGCUCUAUCCCAUCUACACUCUACCAAAGCAACUUUAAGUUGUAGCAUCAAUUUAGCAGACAUUAGUAUUUUGGGGUCUGACCCUAAGCCGCAUCCCAAAGAGCCUCUCUAGGGGCCAGUUUUGUUAACCAGACUAGGCAGUGGUCACCAUGCAGGUCUCUUUUGCCUGCACGGAGCACAACCUGAAGAGCCGCAGUGAGGACCGGCUUUGUGGUCUUCGCACUGCGCCACCCCCUGGGGGAAGCAGUGGGGGAAGUGGUGGAGGGAGCAGCCAAGGGGGUAAUGGCAACUACAACACCCAGGGCUCAGCCAAGUCCAGGGAGCAGUCAGGGUCCCGCCCGGUCCCCCAGGGCCAUGCCCACAUGAAGGAGGCAAUAGGGCGCCACAGCAGUAUGAAAUACAGGAACCUGGGGAAGUCUGGUCUGCGUGUGUCCUGCUUAGGGCUGGGCACCUGGGUGACAUUUGGAUCACAGAUAUCUGACGAGAUGGCUGAGAACCUGAUGACCAUUGCCUAUGAGGCCGGGGUGAACCUCUUUGACACAGCAGAGGUGUAUGCCUCCGGCAGGGCUGAAAUCACCCUAGGGAACAUCGUCAAGAAGAAAAGAUGGAGGCGUUCUAGUUAUGUUGUGACAACCAAGAUCUAUUGGGGAGGGCAGGCAGAGACAGAAAGGGGACUCUCCAGAAAGCACAUCAUUGAAGGUUUGAGAGGAUCCCUGUCCAGACUCCAGUUAGAUUAUGUGGACAUUGUCUUUGCCAACCGGAAUGACGUCAACAGCCCUAUGGAAGAGAUUGUCCGGGCCAUGACCUUUGUAAUAAAUCAGGGCAUGGCAAUGUACUGGGGCACCUCUCGCUGGAGUGCCAUGGAGAUCAUGGAGGCGUACUCAGUGGCGCGUCAGUUCAACCUGAUCCCACCUGUAUGUGAGCAGGCUGAGUAUCACUACUUCCAGAGGGACAAGGUGGAGGUGCAGCUCCCUGAACUCUACCACAAGAUAGGUGUAGGGGCAAUGACCUGGUCUCCUCUUGCAUGUGGACUGAUCACAGGGAAGUACAGUGAGGGUGUACCUGACAUCUCCAGGGCUAAUAUGAAAGGUUACCAGUGGCUGAAGGAGCGUGUCAACAGUGAGGAGGGACGCAACCAGCUGGCCAAGAUUAAAGAGCUCCACCUAAUGGCCGACAGACUGGGCUGCACCGCCGCACAGCUAGCCAUCGCCUGGUGUCUGCGCAGUGAGGGAGUGAGCUCAGUGCUGAUGGGUGUCUCCAACACUGACCAGCUGGUGGAAAACCUGGGUGCCCUUAGGCUUAUUUCACAGAUGACUCCUCAGACCGUGGCUGAGAUUGACUCACUCUUGGGAAACAAGCCCCACUCUAAGAAAGAGUCGCGAGCAUGAAGAGGAAACGAUGGAGCCAAAGACAAUCAGAGAAAGAUGAAGAACAGCCGAGGAACAUCGCUCUUUCAUCAUCCAGUAUAAUCAAAAACUUGCAUGUCCUCAGUAACAUUUUGCUUCAAGAAUUUGCGCAUAUCCAUUUUGCGCAUUGCAUUGUACCAUGUAUGAAAAAAGGAAAUAUUUUAACGUGCAAAAACAAAGAUUAUAAACUGGGUGGUUUGAACCCUGAAUGCGGAUUGUCUGAAAGCCGUGGUAUAUCAGACCGUAUACAUCAGGUAUGACAAAACGUUUAUUUUUACUGCUCUAAUUAUGUUGGUUACCAGUUUAUAAUAGCAGUAAGGCACCUCGGGGGUUUGGGGUAUAUUGCAAAUAUACCACGGCUAAGAGCUGUGUCCAGGCAAUCUGUGUUGCGUUGUGCAUAAGAACAGCCCAUAGCAAUGGUAUAUUGGCCAUAUACCACACCCCCUCUGUGCCUUAUUGCUUAAUUAGAUCAUAUAUAUUACAGAUCCCUCACUGACUGAUCAUGUCCACAAACAGGGGGUGAGGCCAAAGCAUGGAGCAUUAGGUUUCUGUCUUCCAGAGAGGCCAAUGAGGGCAAAGUUGGAGAUGGAGAGAGAUGGUGGUUGAAUGAAGGAGGCGCUGCACUCUACUUUAUCAAACAUGAUGGUGUUAUCAAUGAAAGGAGAACUCUUUGAUGCCAUGAAGCAACAUGAGGCUCAGCUCUCUCACUGAAUGUGUGACCAGCGCUACCAUAGGACACUCUUUCUCUGCAGCUGCCUCUGAGUCCGCAGAAUGCCUAGUACCCAGCAGAAAGCCAAAGGUUAGCAUCACCUCGUCAUCUCCGUAUGUGACUGGCCUGUCACUCUAUGUCCUUUAACAGCAGUUUCUUCCUUUUUAUCUUCUCUGUGUGUAAACUGUGCACAUGUCCCUUUAAGAGAGACCAGCCCAAGCAGGGUGUAAAUGUGGCAUGGCUUUAGUUAUUUGUGCAGAUUUGCAGUGCCCCUGUAAGCAGUCUUUUUGCACUAGCAGGUGGGAUGGGCUGAUCCAGGCUCUGCACUGGCAGGCACAUCGUGGAGCUUCGCUUUAUUCACUGUUUGCAGCCCGCUGACAUAGUCUGUGUCCAUGUGAUGUGUAUUGUCCUCCAUAUCAAACCAUUUCUGCGUCAAUGACAAUUAAAACCAAGGCUUUCCCUGCUUGUUUGGAAGAACCUCUACUCCUUCAUUAAAGACUGGAGUGUGGACUCCGUAAUGAGAGGCACAGUAGAUCAUUCCUACUCAGCCUGAGACACAGGGUAGAACCCACUGUGGUAAACUCGCAGUCUUUUAAUGUGUUUAUGUUGCUUUGUUUUAGCAACAAAAACAUUUAAAUGAGGCCAGAUAACAUGCAAAUCAUAACCUUUACAUCAACAAUUCCGCUGUCCUCAAAGUGCAAUGUUCACCCCAUAAUAUUGUCUGUGUUCAGUCUCACUGAGACUGAGUCAGACAGAGAGAUUGGUAGCAGAGUGAUGUCAAGUCCCACUGGGCAAAAACUGGUUGAAUCAACGUUGUAAUUUCCAAAAUAAUCAAUGUGAUGAUGUUGAAUCAACGUGGAAAACUGAUUGGAUUUGUAAAAAGUCAUCAAUGUCGGGGAAUGUCGUCUUUUUUUCACCCAACCUUUAACCUCAAUCCAAUGACAGGGUGCCAUUGUUGUUGAUGAUUUAAACUUGAAUUCACACUAUUUGACAACUCAACCAAAUGCAACUCAAAACUAGACGUUGAACUGACGUCUGUGCCCAGUGGGGUGUUUGAAUUGAUGAGACUAUCAUUUUAGACAUAGGAAGUUAGGAACUCUUUUAGCAGUGGACAAAUGAUGGGUGAGCACACUGACAUACAACAAAACAGAAACACAUGUACACACUCACUUACACUGUCAUCAGCCUGUGAAAAGAUAUUUCUAUAUGUUGCAAAAGAUGCAAAUAAAUGCACAGGACCUAAGGUCGAUCAGGAUUUAGACUGGUGGGAGGUGUUAUAUUUGGGGGCAGGGACAUAAAUGAUGAUUCUGUGUCACGGCCGUUGAAAGAACUGGACCAAGGUGCAGCGUGGUGAGCCUACAUAUUAUUUUUAUUAGAAAAGAUGCCGAACAAAACAAUAAACACUACACCACAAACCAUGCCACCAAAGGCUAUGUGCCAUAAACAAGGUCAACUUCCCACAAAGACGGGUGGGAAAAAGGGCUACCUAAGUAUGGUUCUCAAUCAGAGACAACGAUAGACAGCUGUCCCUGAUUGAGAACCCUACAUGGCCAAAACAUAGAAAUACAAAUAAUAGAACAUAGAAUACCCACCCCAAAUCACACCCUGACCAAACCAAAUAGAGACAUAAAAAGGGUCUCUAAGGUCAGGGAGUGACAUUCUGACUGAUUGAGAUUUAGACUGUUGUUUUGGAAGCAGAUUAUAUUGUGUAUUUUAUUGGACAGCUUGGACACACAGCUGCUUAGCAUAUUUCUGUAGCUCAUUGUAGUUUUUCUUUCAAACCAAAUAUAAAUAUUGUCGAAACUCUCCCAAUUUUAUUAUAUAUUUCUGUCAAUUUUCGUCACUAUUUAACAUCUGUUAAUUACAUGUAGAUAUUACCCCCAGUAUCAGGAUUUACUCCUGCUAUGUGAACCUGUCAUGUAAACCCUUGGUUUGUGAUAAGGCUCAGGGAAUACUCCAGGGCACUAGUGAAUUUGGAAUGAGAGAGAUUUGUUCCACCAUUGUUAUCCCCCUGUCAUUACUGAUGAGUGUUCCCGGUGCUUUUCGAUACUUGUCUGUUUAUGUUUUAAUCCCUGGUGUAUGUAAAUACUUUACUGUUAUUCAUUGAAAUAUGUUGAAUUCAUGUGAAGAUUCUGAAGUGAGCAAAUGACAGAUCCAACCAGCUUGACAUGUGGUUUUGUUCUGUGUUUCUGUACCGUUAUUAACAGAAUCUAAGUUGAACUGAAAAUCAACUACCCAAUGAACAUAAAUGCCUAGACUAUAACUUGCCUGCAUAACUUAUAUUUUACUGUCUUGAAACAAAGAAAAGUAAACAAAAAAAGAGAGAAAGAACCCCUGUUUUGAAUGUAUUAUGCUCGCCCUUAAAAUAUCAGAGAAAAUGAUA